AUGAAGGUCGAGCAGGGAAUCAAGCAGCAGCAGCCAGAUGUUGAUGUUCAGCAAGAGGAGCUUCAGGAUGCUGCUGUUCAUGUCAAGCAGGAGGUGAUUCAGGAGGUUGCACUGAAGAUCAAGCAGGAGGUUCUACAGGGCGAUGUUGCUGGAGAGGCUGCUGCUGCUGCUGCUGCUGCUGCUGCAGGGAAAGAGAACGUUGACCCUGUAUCUGCUGAGCAGGUGCUAGGAAUGGCGGGAAGAAGAGCCGUGCUGCAGAAGAGGAAACAGUCGUUCAAAAGCGAGGCCAGAUCUUGCCAGGGACAGAAACGGCAUCUGAAGCCAGAAGCAACCGAGGAGAAAUCUGGACAGAACCAGAAGCGGGAGGUGAAAAAGACAAAGAGGGGGUUACCAUUGGAGGCAGUGGCUGUGCUGAGGAGGUGGAUUGAUGAAAACCCACACCGGCUGUUUCUCGAUGCGAGCGAGAAGGCUGAUCUGACUCUGAAAACCGGGCUGACUAGACUUCAGGUGGAGAACUGGUUCUGCUAUGCGAGGAGAAGGGGCUACAUGGCUCGUGCUGGUGACUCUGAGCAAUCAGACUCCUUUCCAGCUGAAGAAUGA